ACACAACAGCAACGUCGUCAUCGCCCUUAUCGGGAAUACUGCAAACGCGAUAACAUAAUAAAGUAAAGAGGACAAAAACUGCAAAAUUUUCAUUAUUUUCUCCAGCUACAGAUAGACCGUCAUAAUUGCACAAGGGUGAAAAGAGCUGUUCGAAUUUCACAUUACACUGUAUUCUGCUGUGCCUGCUUUUGGUGUCGCGGUUCGUGGGUGUCUGUCUAGCGCUAGAGUGUUGGGUGUUUCGCAUCCGCUGCGCAGUCCUGAUUUUUGCGAAGAAAAAUGCUGUGAAAGAUAAAUUGUAUUAAAUAUUUGUCUCCUAAAAAUAACGCAUUCUGUUUUUGGAAGCGAUAAUUCAUUUGGGCGUCGAAUAACGUUAGACUAGAGCAGCGCUUAAAGUGCACUUUUUCCGAACAAAAAUUGAACCAGCGACGUAGAAGUAAAGCUGUAAAAUCAUCGCCAACAAAUUUACAUAAAAUUUGCGACAACAGCGACGUUCAAACUGUGCAGUGAAUAGUGAAAUAUUACCGUUAAUUUUUCUUUAUGAUAAAAGUUGUCUGUUUUGAGUUUUGUUAAACGACUAUGAAUUCUGAUAGCUAGGAGAUUUACCAGAUUUAGUUUCGUUAAGUAUAAAGUAUUCAGAUAUAGUGAAACCGUUCUAAUCACGUAAUCAGAGAGAAUGGGUGGACUAAGUUUCUACAACCAGCUGCUGAUUAGCUUUUUGCUAUCACUGCUAGUUCUUGCCGGCACUGUUUCAGCGUCCGAUUAUAAAAUCGAUCUGAAAACAUCCGGUUCCGUCGUCCUUGGGGGUACGGUGGAGUUCUACGCUACACUGCUAACGGACGGAAAGCCUGUCAACGAUAACUACGAGGUAGUUUGGUCAGAUAACUUGAACCCACCCCACACACAAGAGGGUGGAGGAAAAAUUCCGCACUUCAACUGGACUCAAAGUUAUGACAAUAAAGUUCAGCCAGGAACUUACAGAACUCAGAUUAUCGUUCGGAAGUUGUACUUCAUCACCUACAUCGAAGUGGCACGUAAAGCCAUAGAGUUUAACUUGACUGGUUUGCUCAAUGGUCAAAUGCAGUUGGCUCAAAAUCAGUCCAUUGUUGACUCGGAAUACGUAUCCAGCGCCUUGGCAUUAAAUCAGACAAUCAUUUUCACCGAUAGCGAUUCAAAGGUGCUGGAAAAUGCGGCCUAUAUCCGAACUUACUGGUUUGUCAAUUGUCAGUAUCUUGGAACAGCUGAUGAGCUCACCAAGCUAAGUAACUUUACGAAAGAGAAUGAGGAAUAUACCAUCGAAGCGCUGGUAGUGGCAUCGUUUGAAAAGUUACCAGAACCGACGACUACCACUACAACAACUACAACAACUACUACCACGACUACAACAACUACUACUACUACAACUACUCCAGCUACUACAACAACUACUACUCCUAUGACUACCACCACCAGCACAACAACUCAAGCACCCCCCAAUUCUACCACCACAUUGUCAACCACAACUUCCGGUACGACGGUAAGUCCGGGCACCUCCACACAGCCAUCACAAGCGAACGGUAGUCGACGUCGCCGAGGGGUGAAGGAAACUCUCGCCAGUGUUAGUCCGGUACUUCUUGGAAUGGUUGAUGGGCAGAACAUACUGAAUGGAGAAAAGAUUCCGGCCCACAUGCUGGAAACAAGCAGUGAAGAUAGUUUUAGUCGUGUUAUCAAAAAAGUUGACCCUACGUUUAACAUUGAAGACUCCCGACAGCCGUUUGUCUGUGGUAACAGUUCGAGGAUUCCCCCUGAUCCUAAAAAGACUUACGGGCAUUUCGUUAGGAAAAUAGUUGUUCAAAAUCCAAUUACUAAGUUCAACGUUACCGGGCCCCAGUGGGUACAAAAAGGUGACAUGGUUGACCUCGUGUUUCAAUGUUCCGGAUCGCCACCGUUUCAGUUUUGCUACGAUGUCAAUAAUGGUCAGCACAAUGUCACUACGAAUGAAACAUGUCACGGCAGUUGGAUUGCCAACCAACAAUAUUGCAAGUUCAACUUCAGGCGGUACUUUUUCAGCAAAGAGCAGCGCUCACUAGUAGUUUUUCUGAAAAAUCACGUAUCGGAACGCGUUUCCCAGGUGGGGCUGCAAAUCUAUGAAAAUCAACCGAAAUCCCAGCUUUCAGUGAUUGUGGUCCCGAUUGGGUUCUGCCUGGUUGCCGUAAUAAUAGUAGUAUUCGGGGUUGCUUACUACAUUCAAAAUCGGGAACGAUUUAUCGUUGAAGUAGCCGAUUUCAACUUUGGCGAUACAAACUCCCUGGAUGAGGACAUGGAGUACAAGACAUUCCAGCAGCGGCUGAUCGACAGUUUGCGAGAUUCCGUGCGGUUCCCUCGGUUUCGGGUGGGUUCGAGUAGCGCUAGCGACGACGGCGACGAUAUGUCACCAUCGGCGGUGGGCGAAAGUUCACUCCGGUACGGUUCGAUGACCUAAGGAACGCCACGUUUACGGUAGGAUCUGCUUUACUAUGUUUUUCUAGAUUGGAUUGUACGUUUUCAAAAGCUGCAGAAACAGUGUGUAGAUCAUCAUGGUUCACGUUAAGCUUGCACUUCUAUCCGCCCAGCAUUGUGCAGUAAGGAACUGAUCGGAUACCGACUUAAAAAACUUGUCUGUUGAACUGCUUCUAUUCAACUAUGGUUACUUCUAGCCAUACAAUUUAAAAUACUUCCUUUUGCUAUUGUAAAUUUAGCGACCUUGGCAUACAUUUGGUUGUGUCUAAUAUAUUUUUGUUAAGUCAAACUUUAAUUUCGCAAUAUCUGUUUUUCUGAAUCGGAUGCUUUUUAAUAAAAACAUCAAUUAAGAUGCAUUGUCUAUUAUAAAAAUACUCAGCAUUUAGUGAGCAUUUUAAUUACUACAAAACUUGGAAGAGGGCAGAUUUUUUUGCUGGCAGAGUCUUUUUGCUGGUUAGUGAUAUACAGUGGAUCGCGAGAAAUUUGAACGAAUUUAAAAAUUGUUUUUAAACAAAGCUUUCGUGAAAAUUUUGAAAUUAAAUUUAGGUUUUUCGCAUUUUCGCUCAUUGGUCAAGAGACAGAAUUAUUAUUACCUGAGAUAUAUCGUCCUGUGUUGAAUUGUUACAAAAAAUACUCACGCAGUAGUCAGAUCCGGACAACCAACAGCCAUUUCAGUAGUGAGUGCCGUUCAAGACGAUCAGUUCUUUCUCACAGUCAAAAUUUUCCAAUAAUUGAUGAAUAACUGCAAGCACAUAAUUCUACAGAAGUAAAAAAAAACCUUAAGACUGCAUUGAAAAACAAAGAAUUAAAAACAGAGUGAAAUCUAGUUGAAUAGUUCGUUCGAAAUAUAAACAUAAAAACCUGCACAGAAUUGCGAUCUGAUACUACCUAUAAAACCAUUUCUCUAUCAAAUUGCUUGCAGCACCCAUUUGUUUUGUUCAAGCUCACAACCAUUAUUUUUGCACAUCAGCAUCCCCAUUGUUCUUUUUGAUUGCUUUUGCUUAAACAAUGUGUUACUACUCUAUUAUAUAAUUAUGUUAAUCAUAUGUGAUAUUCCAAUAAUUUUUAACAUUUUGCAUUUUGUUUCAAUCGAUUGGUAAUUCGACGACAGUCAGUAAGAGUCAUGCUUUCAGAUGAGGUAAAAAAUAACCUAAUAAGCACAGAGGUUUUUAAACAAAAAAGUGUACAUAUAACUACUAUAGAAACAAUCAAUUAUAACUGUAUCAUAGCGUAAGAUAUAUUGUCCGAAUGGUGUUAGGAAUAUCUGGAUUAACUAAAUACAAUACGGACCACCAUUGUUCGAUCGUA